AUGGCUUCGCAGACCGAGGCGCUGGCUGCUACACUGGAGCAUUCGAGUGCUCCAGGGAUACCGGACAGAGUGACUUCCAAGAGAGAGGAGGUACCGACCGAAAUCCCCAAUGCUCGGAGACGCAGCAAGUAUCGCCAUGUCGCUGCCUACCAUUCCAUAACGCGCCACUCGAGCUUGAGCAGAGAGUCCAGCGUGACUACGAGCUUCCUUGGAUUUAGGAACUUGAUGGUGUUGGUGCUCGUGGCGAUGAACCUCCGACUGAUCAUCGAGAACUUUAUGAAGUACGGUGUCCUUAUCUGCAUCAAAUGCCACGACUAUCGCAAGCAAGACAUCGUCCUUGGAUUAAUUCUAUCUGCGCUGGUCCCAUGUCAUUUGUUCGUCGCAUACAUUGUCGAAUUGACUGCUGCAGCUGCGGCGAAGAACACAGUCGGUCGUCAGAAAAAGACAGAUGAAGAGAAGGAACGCGACCAACAGGUCUUCCGCUCCGAUUGGCACUACACGGCCUUCCUUCACACUGUCAAUGCCACUCUGUGUCUUGCGGUGACCAGCUACGUGGUUUACUUCUACAUCCAUCACCCAGGCAUUGGCACCAUUUGCCAGAUGCAUGCAAUCAUCGUGUGGUUGAAGAACUGCUCCUAUGCUUUCACCAACCGAGACCUGCGUCUUGCCUUCCUUAACCCCUCAGCCGAAUCGGGUCUACCAGACAUCUACGCCUCCUGUCCCUAUCCCCGAAACGUCACUCUCGAGAACCUCGCGUACUUCUGGAUGGCACCGACAUUGGUCUACCAGCCGGUCUACCCGCGCACGGAAUCCAUUCGCUGGUCAUUCGUUGCAAAGCGCCUGGCAGAGUUCGGUGGUUUGGCAGUGUUUAUCUGGCUUCUAUCUGCACAGUAUGCAGCACCGGUCCUGCGAAAUUCAAUUGACAAGAUCGCUGUCAUGGACAUUGCAUCCAUCUUGGAGCGUGUCAUGAAACUAUCCACCAUUUCCCUCAUUAUCUGGCUUGCAGGAUUCUUCGCUCUCUUCCAAGCCCUGCUCAACGCGCUCGCUGAAGUCAUGCGCUUUGGUGACCGUGAGUUCUACACUGACUGGUGGAACAGUUCUAGCCUGGGCACGUACUGGCGGUCUUGGAAUCGACCCGUGUAUCUGUUCAUGAAGAGACACGUUUACUCGCCUCUCGUUGGCCGCGGCUGGAGCCCUCUCGCAGCAAGUGGCAUGGUCUUUGCACUUUCCGCUAUUCUGCACGAGAUGCUGGUGGGAAUCCCUACCCAUAAUUUCAUCGGCGUUGCUUUUGUCGGCAUGAUGUUCCAAUUGCCUCUGAUAGCACUCACCGCGCCCUUGGAGAAGAUGCGCGACCCCCUUGGCAAGACCAUUGGAAACUGUAUCUUCUGGGUCAGCUUCUGUUUGGUUGGUCAGCCCCUGGGAGCAUUGCUGUACUUCUUUGCGUGGCAGGCGAAGUACGGCAGUGUGAGUAAGAUGCGCCCUUGA